GAUCCCAAUGCUCAAUGUUCUUCGCCCAGAUCAGUUCAUAUAUAUAAUCUCAAAGUCUUCCCCCCGAAACUUUUCAUCAAUGGCUUCUCCACGCAAACUCAUCUCCCUCAUCUCUCUCCCCCUCCUGCUUCUCGUCCUUUUCUCCGAAACCCAUCUAUCUUGCUCCCUCAGAAACCCAAAACUCAAUCCCAACCGUUUGUCCUCUCCCUCCAAUCCGUCCCAGACGUCCAUGACCUCCUCCCCCAGUACGGCCUCCCAAAGGGUCUCCUCCCAAACAACGUCAAGUCCUACACUCUCUCCGAUGACGGUAGUUUCACCAUCGAGCUCACAAGCCCUUGUUAUGUUCAGUUUGACCAGUUGGUUUACUAUAACAAGAAAGUCAAUGGAAAGUUGAGCUAUGGGUCUGUGUCCAGUGUGUCUGGGAUUCAAGCCAAAAAGUUGUUUCUUUGGGUCUCGGUCACUGGGAUCCAGGCUGAUAAGGAUUCGGAUUCGAUUGAAUUCUACGUCGGUGCUUUGUCGGAGAAGCUUCCGGCAAAACAGUUUGAGGAUGUUCCGGUUUGUAAGAGCAAAGCAUGCAGUACAGGCGCACAACCGGAGUCGAUAUGAGGUAA